AUGAGAUUUUCUGCGAUUUCUGCCGUGCUGUGCGGCCUGGCCCUGGUGCCGGGAGUUCUGUCACAGGCGUCCAUGCAGAACACCGACGGCGGACCCGGUCGACCAACUGUAGUCCGGACACCCAACGGCGGGUUCACAUGCGCAACCGGGGGGGACACCUGCCUCUCGGAAUGCAUCAUGAACAAGGACGGCGUUGAAGAGCUGAUCAAGAACCAAGACGGCAGCACCGUCUGCAGCGUAUCCUCCUCCUCGUCGACAUCUAUCCUCGCGCCGACCCGCAACGCCGCCGCCAGCAGCAGCAUAGAAGUAGUCUUCGCAGCCCCGAUCAGCACGGGGAACUACAGCAGCGCCAGCGCCGACGCCAGCCGCAACACCUCACUCGCCAACCCCAGCAAUAACAAGAAGAGCCACACGGGCGCGAUCGCUGGCGGCGUAGUCGGCGGGCUCGCCGGCCUCGCGCUCAUCGGCGCACUAGUCUUCUUCCUCCGCCGCCGCAAGUACCGGCGCGCCGACAAGCCCGCGAUGCUCCGCGAUUCCGCGGGCGCCGCUGCGCACGACAAGUCCCGCACCUCGUCGCCCACUUCACACACCUCGCCAGUAUACGGCGGUGUUGGCGGUGUUGGCGCCGCCGCACUUCCCAUGGGCCCCCCCGCCAGACAGCUCACCGAUCCAGGGUUCGCUAGUAACCCCCCACGCCCACCACAACCUCCUGUCGUCCCGGUUGUGCUCCCGCAACAGCAGCAGCAGCAUCAGGAGCAGGCUCUGUACACAGGCCCCCCCGCGGAGUUGCAUAGUCGCGAGGUCGAUGAGGAUGGUGUUAGUGUGAGCAGCUUUGAUAUGCAGCGGCCUGCCGAGGAGGCGGUUAUUCCCAGACUGCCGGUUUAUCAGCCGAAGGGGUCGGGGCUGUGA